UCAAGUAAACAGUAGCGAUAUAAAAACAUGACACGUCGGCGACGGCAUGUCACCAAAUUUUUUUAUUGCAAACUACUACAAGAAAUGUAACGUUAUUUAUAGAAAUGAAAUUGUGAACUGACUACAUUAGAAUAGAAUAAGGUGUGGAAAAUAAGACAAUCUGCUUAACUAAGUGAUCAGUUUGGCUGGAAUGGAGUCUGUUUAAGUGUUUAAAGUUGGUCCCGUCUUCCUAAGUAAAACCAAAACCAAGAGAAUGCCUUUUGUUACACGACUCUCGUGGUCUUUAUUUCUAGUAUCUCCCAGGGUUAUGAAUCCCCUUCGCAUUUUUUUCUAAAGGCGUUUUAAAAGAGUUUCUGUUUUUCUUCUCAUUGGUUUAAAAGCUGUGUCCUCUAUUUAUUGACCGCAUAUUUAUCCAAAUGGACUGUCUUUUGUUUUGCCCAUGAGCGACGCUGUUCAUUGAUUCGUUCCCUCGCCUUUUAGAGCGUUUCAUAUGUUUGAGCAGAUGAAGAACUGUUCUUUGCAUUGAUUAAAAUUCUCCUCAGCUGUUUGACCUCAGCUUUAAAUUGAAUAAACGAUCCUUUAGUCUGUAACAUCCAGCUUACUAUUUGUACAGUAAAUCAUAUAGGUUUGUUUCAUGCUUCGGAAACCAGGAAUAGUUCGGGAAGUGUUUGGCCCAGAUAUAUGUCCCUAGUAAGACGAGCCUGGUCGAACAAAUGUAAUCAAUUUCCUUCCCUUUUCCCGCGUUUGCUCCAGGCUAAAAUACUCUUGGCGGAACCAAACAGAAAAUAGCUUAAUUUAGUAGCAGCUAAAAUUAUAUUUAGAAAACCCGUGCCGUUUUGGCAGGGGUGUUGCGAAAUUUUUCCGGGGCUUUGUCAGGUGUUCCUCAUAGAUGUGAAUGUCGUUUUCUAUUCGCUGUCUAAAUUGUUUCAGGUCGGUUAGACUUCCUGUCUUACUUCAGCUGCAGCCUUAAUACUAUAUGUCGUGAAUUUGGUGAAAGAAAUUUUUAUUUUGUCAGUUGUGAAUUGUUUUUAGGAGGAUUUCAUGUCUGAGCAAACUGCGAAUGCGAGAUUUGACGCACGCGACAUCAAUCGUGUUUGUUGGCGAGAACAUUGGCACCCUUUUUUCGUUAACUUUGUUUGGGAAAAUCCAAUUACAAUGUGCAAAGGCUGCCAUGCCAGUAAAUAUGAACGGGCGUUGUUGAAGAAGCUCUUCCACUCCGACUACGACAAGAACGAACGACCUGUUGUGAACGAUUCAGACGCGGUCGUUGUUGUUUUUGGUUUAACGCUCAAUCAGAUCGUGGAUGUGGAUGAAAAGAAUCAAAUUCUAACGACUAGCGCCUGGGUAAGGCAGAUUUGGAAUAAUCCACUAUUAGCAUGGAAUAGCAGCGAAUAUGGUGGAUUAACAACAAUUAAUGUUGCUCCAAAGAAUGUUUGGCUUCCGGAUAUUGUUCUGUAUGAGAACGCUGACGACGACAUAAGCUUUGGCGGCAACUUGGACCGCCUGAACUUCAGGGUUGUUCUUCAUCAUUCGGGAAAAAAUGUAUGGCUCUCGCCGGUCACCUUCAAGAGCAAAUGCCGCAUCGACAUUAAGUACUUCCCAUUUGACACACAGAAUUGUAAAAUGAAAUUCGGAUCGUGGACUUACGAUGGCUUCCGGCUGGACGUCACAAAUGAGAGCAUGUCCGCUGACCUGGGAAAUUACAUCGAGAGCGCCGAAUGGAAACUUGUCGGCGCUCCGGCCCGGCGGAAUGUUUUGAAGUAUUUCUGUUGCGAGGAGCCGUUCCCGGAUGUGACGUAUACGAUCAUCAUCCGAAGGCGUUCGCUGUUCUAUAUGAUGAACCUGAUAUUACCGCUGGUCAUCAUCACUGUGUUGAUAAAUGUAUCCUUUGUACUUCCAGCAGAGUCAGGUGAACGUAUUUCCCUCACAAUAACCAUCCUUCUGGCCAUGACGGUUUUUAUGUUGGUGGUAGCGGAAACAAUUCCUCCAUCUUCAGAUGUGGUCCCACUCAUCGCCAAGUUCUACAUGGCUGGAAUGGUUGAAAUGGCCGUAGGCCUGGUCUGGACGUGCUACAUCCUGAAGUAUUACCACUCUGAUGUCAUCGAGAUGCCAAAGUGGGUCCGAAAAUACGUGCUCGGCUACCUCGGCCACUUCUUUGGAAUUAGCAUGGAAAACCUCAAACGCAUUCAAGAACAUUCUAAUCUGCGUAAGGAUACGGGUCGAAAGGCCACCAUUCAAACGGCUUUGGAACCGGUUGGUAGAACACACCAAACAAGGACUAAACUUCACGUGUCGAACAGCCACAACAACAACCCCUAUGACAGUCAUUAUAGACACCUUAGUUCAACGGCAAACGGUUUUCUGUCCGUAUCACCAGCGCUGAACGCGUCGGAAAUCUCUUUGAACCAACAGGACGGUUUCCAGGAUCCUGUUCUACAGCUUGGCGAGAGGAUCCUGGAGCGAGUUGACACACUUGUGGAGAACUCGAUCGUCGACGACAGGAUCAACAAUCACAAAGAGGAGUGGCGGAUAGCAGCCAUGGUCAUGGAUAAGCUGUCACUCUGGGUGUUUGGCAUUGCUGUGCUUGUCACUGUAUUCGGAUGUUUCUUGCAGGCGCCUGGUUAUGUUGCGUGAUCGGUGCACGUUGCAAGGUUCAGAUUUGAGAAGAAGCUCUUCUUAAUUUCGGGCGUCUUGGCCUGCUCGGUCAAGUGCCGAGCUUCAUGGAAGCUCCGCAUUGGCUUAUAUGAAGCUGUAAUUGUGUUGACUAUUUGGAAUAACUUGGAUGAGUAUGCAAAUGAGCGGGACAUUUUGUGAAUGGUGUCAAGAGGCCCUGCAUCUUUGAAGCUUUUUGUUGUUAUACGUGGGACACACCGGUCGUGUGCUUGACUUGUUGCAGAACUAUAAAAAUGAUGGCACGAUUUGUUAUGCCAUUGGCAUGAUUGUACAUCCCAGCAUUUAGAUAUUCAUAUUUACCACGUUUAAGUAUUACUUCAAUGAAACUGAGUUGUUUCAGACAUUUUCGAUACCCAAUUCGUUGACACUAAAGGAACAUCAACGAAACAACAACAACGGCAGCAGCAAUAAAAACAUAUUUGAUUGAUCACGUGUGAAAUAGAACUCGAUAUUUUGUCAUUGAGUUAAGGGGGCUCAGCUCUCCGACGUUUGUUGUUAUACGUGAAUAAGCAUGUAUAAAUGAGAUGACGACUCUCUA